AUGUAUAUUGCUGUAUACCUCCAAGGCGGUCAAAGAUUUCGCGGCAAAAUGGCAUAUGUGCGUGUUCAGGCUUCAGCGGAUAUCACAAUCAUCAACAUGAAAAAUGGGUCUGAUUUGGUGUCACUCCCUGAAGUCAUACGCCAUAAUCGGGAGCUCUUGGUAAACCCUCUAUUUUGGACUUCUCGUCAGCUGAACGCGUUAAGAUGCCAUUUCCAGCAUAUCGACUACGUCCCGGUCGAGGACGCCAAUAUCGACCAGAUGACGAGGCAAAGGACAGAUGACACACCAAACCCCAAGCGUAAAAAAGAGAUGGAGGAAGUGGAACUGUUUUCCAUAGCUACGUUGCCGAAUCAGAGAAUUCGCUUCCUAUCACGUCUUCUGUUGAAUGAAAGAAGUGUGUUUAAUAAGUAUCAAAAAGGGGCCGAUCUUUUCUUCGCCGGGGGAGCUGUUCACCAGCCAUCUUAUAUCAUGUUCUGUUGCCAUGUGCAGACAGCCCAGUCUCCUUCGCAGGACUUUCGACCAUUGGUCGGGUAUAUAGACUACCUACAAAUCGAUUCGUCUCGCAGGAGGAGGCUUUUGCCUCACCCACAUCCGGACAAAGAAAAAACUAAUGAUGUCUGUCAACGCGUUUCUGAUAUUAAGGUGGCGCGAGCUACCCCUCAGGAAUGGACCGAAGACCCAUAUUUGCUGUGUGUCUUGAUUUCUAUUGCGCAAUUUCAAGAACGUACGCAAAAAGCCUCACAGUUGACAAGUCAAACGUCGCACCUUCUAGUGACGAAUGGGCAGGAUAAGGACUUCAUACAUCUUUACGAGGGCCAAUUUACGACAGAAUUUCUCAGAAUGCUUGAUGAGCCAACGACUGCUAGAAACCCUACUAAUGCUCCCACGAUAAAUCGGAGAAAGAUCCCAUACAAGCCCUUCGAAACCUUCGUGGACCGAAUUCAGCCCAAGGCGCAGGAUACUGGCUGA